GCGCCACUUUCUCCUCUGCAGCUCUUUCUGCUGAGAAAGUUCAGCUCUUCAUCAUCUGCGCUCAGAAACUCCUCAGACUCCUUCAGCCAUGGUGUGUUCUAGAGUGCUGGUGGGACUCUUCCUGCUCUCCGUGCUCUCUUCUGCAGUCGAGAUUUCUGACCCGCUCAUGUCGUCUGAAAUCGAUGUUCACGAGAGGCCUAUAGACAAGGCUCUCCGGAAUCUCCCACAGAUCAUCAGUUUUCUCAACAAAAAUUAUUUGGUCGGCGAUCAGUUCGCUGUAGCCAUCAACGUCCCAGCUGAGAAGUGUUCCACUCGUGUGAAACCUGAUCAGAGCUUCCUCCCAGAUGAUCCUGCACUGAAAGUGAAACGUGCCAUGAACAGACCUGCUAGGGUUUACAGAGGGCGGAGGAUAAUCGCUGCCAAACAAAAAAUGAUCAACGAAACGAGCAGCUACCACCCUGAGUACCUUCUGCUGAUUCAGUCAAACCCACCAAACACCACCUCGCACGAUCCACUGCUGAAGAGCCUCCUGAAUAAAGACAAACACGGCUGUGUGGUUUUCUACACCUACAACUCUCCCUGUGUGAAAAGCUGCUCAACAAUUGAGGGAGCGGACAGCAUCCUCCCCGCCCUGGACAUGCUCAGGGACCACAAGGGUCCGAAAGCUUUUGUGUUUAGGAAAGUUUGGAAGCAUUAUGUGGGUUCCAGUCAGAAGACAGAACACGACGGAGGUUGGCACUGUUUCUCUUCAGGUAGUGGAGCUUUUGUUAUGGUGACGUAUCAGGACUAUUUUCCUCAGCAUAAAGCAAAUAUAAGGGCAGUGAAUGCUAAAGUGCCGCUCUACCGCUGUGAUGGAGCCCACUGUGACCAUUGUGUGCACAGUAACAAUGAAGUGGAUGUUACAUGCAUGGGCAAUUUCUAGUGGUCAGUGUAAUAUGGUUUCUUUCUUUUUAGUCCUUUAAGUAAAAACACACAACAUACAAUUGUGUGUAAAAGCAUUCAUGAUUUGUGCUUUUUUACCUCUUGUCUCUUCUGAAAAUGUAUAAAUAUAUCUUAUAUAUUUUAUAUAUAUAUUGUAAGGGCCUAGCCUGUGCCGCUGGCUGCCAGAGGGCGACGGCAGCGAGGCACCACAAGUUCAGGGAACUCCAAUUCCCAGAAGCCCAUUGGCUGAUUAGGCCCAAUCCUUCACACCUGAGGUCUCCUCUACUUAAGGCUGUGGCAAACAGCAGCCCUUUGUCACACCUUUGGAGAGGGGUGACCGGUACGGUACUCAGCCCAGGUGGGAAUUUAGACAAAAACAAGAGAGAGAAACUGCUUAAAAGCCAAAAAGAAGGCUUGAACAAGAAACGGCUCCAAGCCAUACAAAAGUUUUUGCUCCACAAAGAACAAACGGGUGAACCAUAAAUCUGACCUUCCUCAGACCGCCAAUCAGUACCUCAGCGGUUUGGGUCUGGCUCUAAGCCACCUCAACCCCAACGUGCACAAUCACUCAAUUCACCCUCCAUCACCUCAGUAAAUUCAUUUAAGACCCUUUCUCACGGGUUUUCCUCUCUGCACUUGGGUCCGCCUCCCUGCCGUCCCGUAACACACAUUCCAUAUAAUGUUGUUUCUACACUUAUCAAUAAAUACUGGUGCAUUUAA